GUGCUGGACGUCAACAGGGCGCACGUCCGCCACCAGCUCCGGCGGGGCCUUAACUUGCUGCGACAGCAGCGAGUUGUACUUUGCGACGACUACGUCGCCUUCGUUAAGGCACUGCCUUAGGCCAACGGCUUCUGCAGGGACCACCUCGCUUGCGGCGCCGAUGCGUCUGCAGGACCCCGCCAAAGUGGCUUGGGCUUGGCUUUCACUGGUGCUAGCCGAAUCUUCUGCGGAAGAUGAGGUUAGAACGGUGAUGCUGUGUGCCGAAUCCCACGGCGCCACGCCGCGGCGACAUUUGGGCCUUUGGCUCCACGAGGCCUCAUCCAGGGAGAGCGCCACGCUUCCCGGAGCCUCUUCCCAAGACAGCGCUGCACUCCUUGCGGUGGCUGGUGACGCACGGCGGCGACAUUUGGGCCUUUGGCUCCGCGAGGCCAUAUUGGCCUUUCAGUGGGCGCAGCAG